AAAUUUAUAUAUAAGCACACACACACGAUUGUGUAUAAGAAGAAUUUUCAGGUAAGAUACAGUUAACAUUGCUUCUCUAGGGAGUGAACAGGAGAACAAUUAUAAGAGGUAAACUUCCUCUUCACUGUACACCCCUCUGUACCCCUGGAAUUUUCUUUACUGUGUACUGGUGAAAUAAACCACAUUUCUAAUUUCAGCCAUGCAGAGGCAACUCUUUAGCCAAAUGUAACUUUCCACAUCCUCAUGUAUGCAAAUACGUCAUUAUUAUUUUACAGAAAUAGAAUCAGGCGGUACAUAGUGUCUCACAGCUUACGAAGAUCUAUUUUUGAAAAUAUUAAGUAACACAUAGAAGAGUCAGAAAGAAGCACUAUUUAAUGAUACGCCAAAAAUACAAAACAAACAACAGUGUCCCCCAAAUAGGGUGUGGGUUUAUUUGGUUUUUUUAAACCAGAUUGUUAUCAUGAGCAAAUUGCUGUGCCCAUCAGCUUCCUUUGAACCAAACUGUUCUUCAUCCAGUUCUUUGAAGUCAUUGGAAAUUCCCAUGACCUUGCUUUAAAAUGAAGAAUGACACUCGCUUCUCUAGGGAUGAUGAGAUCUACGUGAAAGACGUACAGUUAAGAAUUUAAAUUUCUGGAGCCAAACAGACGUUGGUUCAGAUCCCAGGGUGAAUACGUGGUUGAGAGAAUGUGAAAUUUUUCUUCAGCGUUUCGAGGCUCAUUUUUAGGCUGGUGGUGAUUGUACCUCUCCCGCAGGACCACGGUGUGAAGCAGUCCUAGGAGGACUCUUAGUAGUCCCAUUUUACAGAUGGGGAAAUCUGAAAAGGCACAGGCACAGAGGGGACUCCAGGCGGUGAGUAGAGGAGCUGGGAGGGAAGCUAAGGGAGCCUGCAGCCCUAACCACUGGACUGCACAGCCGGCCUUUGGUUACAGAGCAUCCCUCCCAAAUUCAUGUCCACCUGGAACCUCAGAAUGUGACCUUACUUGGAAAUACGAUCUGUGCAGAUGUAAUUAGUUCCAUUAAGAUGAAGUCCUAUGGGAUUAGCAUGGGCCCUACUCCAAUAACUGGUAUUCCUAUCAGAAGAGAGCAGAGGAGACACACGCAUACAGGGGGGAAGGCCUGUGAAGAUGGAGGUACAGACCGGAGGGCUGCACCUACAGGCUAAGGAACGCCCAGGGUCGCCCGCAACCACCAGAAGCCAGAAAAGGCAAGGAAGGAUCCUCCCCUAGACCCUCCAGAGGGAGCAUAGCCCUGCCGAUGCCUUGAUUUGGGACUUCUGGCCUCUGGGAGAGAGCAUGUUUCUGUUGUUUUUUUUGUAUUUUUGUGUGGUACGCGGGCCUCUCACUGUUGUGGCCUCUCCCGUUGCGGAGCACAGGCUCCAGAUGCUCAGGCUCAGCGGCCACGGCUCACGGGCCCAGCCACUCCGCGGCAUGUGGGAUCUUCCGGGACCGGGGCACAAACCCGUGUCCCCUGCAUCGGCAGGCGGACUCUCAACCACUGCGCCACCAGGGAAGCCCACGUUUCUGUUAUUUUAAUCCACCUCCUAUCCAGAGGAGAAAGAAGGCAGCCAGGUAGCCUGGCACUGCUGGCCAGCUUUCUGGGUCAGCCCCUCUCCAGACCAUGGAGCAGCUAUGUUACCUUGCAGGUGUCCUUCCCACCUUGAAGGUCCCCGGCGCACAGCAUGCUCGUCGUGAGCAGAGGCGUCAUGGGGAAGCAUGUUUCCCAGUCGAUCAGCUGGAUGUUGACUUUCCAGAGCACUGUUUCCAUACUUCGCUUAGGAACUGACCCAAAGAAGCAGCAGAUGGGGAAAGAACCCUGAGCUCAGCGUGGUCCCUUUGGAGGACCCACCCACAUCAUGUCUUUUCACCUCAACAACAAGGGAACUGCUCCGUGGCCCCGGCAAUGACCCAGAUUUGGACUGGGUGAGGAGGGGGUAGGAGGGGUGUCCGGGAGACUCUUGAGCCCACCCUCUCUGAAUCAAGAGCUCCUAGGACUGGGUCUCUACUGGAUUUCAGCCUCAGUGAACCAUUUUCUCACCCUGCCAAGGGUGCCAGGUUCCAGCAAGGGUCCUAAAAAGGAGUUUCAUUCAAAUCCAUGAGGAUGUAAAGAGAACCCACGAUGACAAGUUCUGUCCUGGGACCCACGGCACAAAAAGAUGGGCUUGAAGCUUGUGUCGGGGUCCUUGAGGAGUUCACUGCCUGUGGGCUCUAGCUGAGCCCAACUCCUAGAAUGUCCACUUCCGAAGAUGGGGAUGUGUUCCUCUUUGUAUGUUGCUGACUCCCCGGAGCCUACAACACUGCCUGAAUCAUAGAGGAGUUUCAAAGAAAAUGAGGUAAAUGAAGCAUGGGGAACUCUAAGUUAAGAAGGUGGCCUUGUUUGCGAAGCUAUUGAAAAGCUUCUAAGGGCAAUUCCCAAGGAGGAAUCUAACACAGCUCUGAGUUUUGGGACCACGUGGGAAUCCACGUAGAGCCAUUUGGGUGCCUCGUUGGAAGAGCAGUACUGAGUGGAAUAUGAUCUUUCCUGCUCUGUUGAUUAUGGCGAAAGUCACAUUCACCAAGAAGGAAGACAAAAGGACCCCAUUUUGUGGGUUGGCUGGGCAAACUGGCAGGAGUAGGUUACAGGUUAACUCUAGAAGGACAAAUUUACAUUCGGUUUAUCCCCUCCUCCUUGGCCUGGACCUGUGGGUUUCAGAGAUUUUAGCCACAGAGCCCUUUAUCACAGGGGGCAGAACUGGCACCAUCAAUUGGAACGGAGCUGCUCUGGCUGACAUUGGCGUGGACUUCCCAGAGCCCAGCCCCUUUUCCCAUUGGUAUGUCCCUCCACAUUCCUCCAAGCCACCCUGAAGCCUCUGAACACCUCUGCCUGGGUUUUCCCUGAGGCCCUGUUUAGGGUUCCUGUUUCACAACAUGGACCUAAAACUUGCUACGUGCGCUCAGGGAGGAUGGCUCCCAUGUGGACUGAGCAGAAGGGUCAUCGUGGGACCUUAGUUGAGAACCGGAAGCGCCCAGGUCCACGAGGCUGACCUCCUGAGGCCAGCAGAGCCUCCAGACUUUGCUUCUCAUUGCAAACCUCAGCCAAGGUUUUCGGUGUCAAGAUUUCCUUUACCAUGUACGACCUCCAAGGUAGAUCUUAUUCCAAAAAAAAGAAAGAGAAAAUAGCAAUGGGCUGCAGUUAGAAUCCACCACACACUGAGGAUCGAUCCUCCACAGAGAUGAUUCCCACUGUCAAGGAUACGCGUCUGCCAUGGGAAAUCUACAAUAUCUGCAGGCACCCCGCCUAUGAUAUCCAAAGCUUCUGACUUCUCAGAACUGUUUAUCCUUUGGCCACAUUUCACUAAGAGCAGAAAGAAGGAAGAGGGAGGAGAGACCCAGCGCCCAACAGUCAAGACGAAGAAACAGUCUUGGAGAGAUCACGUGAUUGCUGAAGACCAUUCAGCUUACAAGAGACAGAUGGGGAUCUUUCGGGCAGAAUGCGGUGAAAGACCCGUUUUUGAGAGAGGAGCUCAGUAUUCCAGAAUCAUAGGAGGGAUGGAGGCUGAGGUGGGUGAGUUUCCUUGGCAGGUGAGUAUUCAAGCAAGAAAUGAACACUUCUGUGGUGGCGCCAUCAUCAGCGAGUGGUGGAUUGUCUCGGCGGCUCACUGCUUUCACUCUGAGAUCUCGCCAACAGAACUGAGAGUCGUGCUGGGAACGAAUAGCUUAAGCAGCCCAUCCCUGGAAGUAAAGGGGGUCACAAGCAUAAUUCUGCACAAGGACUUUCAAAAACUCAACAUGGACAAUGAUAUCUCCCUGCUGCUGUUGGACACGCCCAUCACAUUCAGCGAACUGAAAGAACCCAUCUGCAUGCCCACAGAGCCCGGCCUCUCCAGGUGGCACAAAUGCUGGGUGGCAGGAUGGGGGCAGACCCAAACUGGUCUCAAACAGCCUAUGGAAACAGAGCUGCUGAAAGUGCCCAUGACCAUCGUGGAUUGGGAGAAGUGUUUAAAGGAAUUUCCAAGACUUACCAAAAAUAUGCUGUGUGCUGGAUUCGAGAAUGAGACCUACGAUGCUUGCCAGGGUGACAGCGGGGGUCCUCUCGUCUGUACCACAGAAUCUGGCAAGAAGUGGUACCAGGUGGGCAUCAUCAGCUGGGGAAGGAGUUGUGGACAGAAGAACGUUCCAGGAAUAUACACCUUGUUAGAAAACUACCACUCCUGGAUCAAGAAGAUGUCACCCCCUCUUCCCGGCUGCCCGGGUGUCGGUGUCGCCGUCCUGGGCGCUCUGCCACGACCGCUGUGGGCGCAGAUGGAGCCCAUGAAGUGGACUGCUGGCCGCCACUCGAGGUCACCUGGUUUCCUAAGAAGCAGAUUCUCGGCAAUUUCUCACAGGAGGAGCAUUUGCAACUCACAGCUCUGCUGGCAUCCUUUCCCCAUCCCUCCCCGCCCGAACACGGCUCGCUCGUUUGGAAAGUAACUGUGAAACCUUUUACCCCUCCUGUUGAAAAGCACCUUCUCAGCCAUCCCUUUUGCCUGUAGAUGUAGCAGGGCAGAGAGGACCACUCCCACUGCUCAGAUGAGGAAGCCGAGGCUCAGAGAAGGGAAGGCGUUCACUCGGACUGAACAGUGCUAAGAAUGUGGAUGGGAGCAGGGGGGUGAUGCCGAAAGCUCAGCUUCUCUGUGCGCCAGUGCUGAAUCAGAUCUCGGAGACAGAGUUUUGGGUGAAGUAGAAAAGAAUAGCUUUAUUACUUUGCCAGGCAAAAGGGGACACAGUGGGCUCCUAAAUCGAAAAACUAUGUGUCCCCACCCAGGAGGAUGUGAUGAGAAGUUUUAUAACAGUACUUCAAGGGCGGGGUUGCUGACAAGAUGAGGGUGUGUGCAGGGUCUCAGCUGGUCCGUCUCCUACUCGUGAUGGGCUUCUCUGGUCCCUUUAAUCUCGCCUCAGGUGGUUCCUUGAUUAGCAACUGUUCGAAUCUGCCCUUUGGAACUCAGGGAAGGUCAUGGAGGCUGGAGUCUUGCUUACAAGAAACGGGGGACAAAAAGAGGCCUCCGUGCCCAGGCCCCACUCGGUUUCAGGGGUAGACAUGUUGGAGCCCCCAGGGCACCCCAGGAGCCCAAGUGGCCUGGCUUCUAAUUCCACUGCUCCCUUGCUGCUGAAGUCCGGAAUGUCUCAGAUUCCCUGGCCUCCAGGCUCCCCGAGGAGCAGGCAGAACACACACCAUGGAACCCUCCUUGUUAAUAAAGGCUGCCACGUGCGUAAUGCUUCCUACACGUCAACCGCCCUUGUAAAUACUCUUAUACGUAUUAAGAUCUUGUUGCUGAAAUCUCGGCUUCUGUACACCCAUGCCAAAUAGAAAUACGGAGACAGAAUUGAGGAGGAAAGCGAAAGAAUAGCUUUAUUUCUUUGCCAGGCAAAGAGGGAACACAGCAGGCUAGCACCUCCAAAAACUGCACCCCCCUUGGAGAAGCUUUAUAGUAAUGGUUCAAAGAAGGUGUGAUCAGCUUGUGGACGUUCUUCUGAUUGGUUGGUGGUGAGGUAAUUGGGAGUCGGCAUCAUCAACCUUCUGCUUCCUACUGGUCAGGGGUCUACAUGCUUGUGGGAAGCAUACCAUCGGUAACUGUUAACUUUUCCUACCUGGAGAGGGUAUCUGCAAAACAGCUCAUAGAUAUUGUUGUGUCCAUUGAUGGGGAACCAGGACCUGCCCCAAGGCGGCACUAUUGUUUCUCUUGACUGCUCCUCCCUUGUCUCCCAUCCCUUCCCUUCCCUGAUUAACAACCGCUUGAAUCUGCCUGUUGGAACUCAGGGAAGGUCAUGGAGGCUGAAUGAAGCCUAUUUCCUGUAAUCAAAGAAAUGGGGGACACAGAAAGGCUUUGUGCCCAGGAGCCCCACGGGGCCCUGCUCAGUGUCAACCCCCCUCAGUCAGAGUAACCCUAUGAAAUAGGUACUACCACUGGGCCUUGUUUACAGACUGAGGAAACCAAGGCCCAAGGUCACAGGGCUCUGAGGAGGUGGGGCUGUAUUCACGCCAAACCAGUCUGGUCUAGAUGGAGGUGGACUGAGCCCUUGGGCCACCCUGCCUCUGGACACUGUCCAAGGCAAGGACACUGACCCACAGGUCUGAUACCUGGGUUCAGGUAUCACUCACUCUUUGAGGAAUUUGGUCACACUUGUUCAAAUUUUGUGUCCUCCUUGGUCAAAGGAAUCUCUAGAGAAAGUUACAGAGUAAAAACCCAUGAUUUCUCAUUUGUACGCAUGUAGCGAGAGCACCUCAGCUCUUUAUCCUGGAUCCUGGAAGAGCAAUGGAACAGGGGAGGAGGCUCCUCCUUCUCCUCUAGACUGAGGUUCUUCCACGGGGAACAUGGAAGCCAUCCGUCAAUAAGCCACUCAGUCAACACACAUUCAUUAAGCACCUACAGUGCCCCUAGGUCCGGGCAUAUCACUAUGAUCGGGUAGGCAAGGUGAAUGUCUCUCUGGAGCUUGCACUGUGGUAGGGAAGCCAGCAUUGGACAGGAAAUGACAGAGUGACAAGUCUCACUGAAGGGAAGCCCAGUGUUCAAUGUUGCUAACGUUCUACAAUUCCUGUAGCACUCCAGAAGUCUCUGUGCUUUAAGCUGUUUGCAGUCUGCAGUCAUCUCUUCGAGCAAGGUUAACGAUGGAAGUGGUUAGCUUGGACUGCUGGGGUGAGCAGGGUAAUGGGGACAUAAGCAAACCUGUGGACAGUGAAAGGACUGAAUAAUCUACAUAAGAAAGGGCAUGUGGUCACGUGGAGAAGAAAAGAUGAAGAUGGGGCACAGAUAUCUAACCUGGAGACCAGGGCUUCCUGCCGCCUUUAGAGAUAGCUGGUCCCCUGCACUUAUCCCACGGACAAUACAGGAUGACAGGCUUUUUACAAUAACAUUCAACCAACAUUUGAUGAGAACAGAGGAAGUGCUGGCACUUGCUAAACAAAGAACAAGAUAGACAAGGUCUCUGAGCUACUCACCAUCAAAGCUUUGUGUAACGCAAAAACAAAACAAAACAAAAACACGGGCUGCCUUGAGGCCAGCCUCAGCUGCUGUUGCAUUCGGAAUAAAUACAGAUCCCAGUCCAGAAACUCUGAGGUGCAUCAGAGGUCUUUACUGGAAGUUUUCUUGAAGAGAUAACACUGGAUUCACAUCAAAACUUGCCACAAGGCAUCUAGUAGCAGCUCUCUUUCCCAAAAUGCACAUUUCACAGCAGCUGCUCAAAUUCAUCCCUCCGCCCUUUCGAAUUCCCAGUCUCCCUGGUCUUCAUCCCCACUCCUGCCUGUCCCGUGGGCAAAAGACCUUCCCCACCCUCUUCUCCUCCUCCCAAGUAUCUCACCCCUCUCUUACGCAUUUCACUGGAGAUUCUUUCAUUUCCUUCAAGUCCACUUUUGCACGUGUCCCUGGCCAACGUCACAAAAGCCAAAUACAGCAAUCCAGGUUCCCGGUCUGUCUUCCAGGUCUCCUUCUCAUCCUCUCUCUGGUUGGGGUAUCCACUCCCUCGUUCUUCAGUCCCCAGUCUCUUCUUUCCCCAUCCUCUCUUGAUCCAUAGAUGGGGGACUCACUCAGUGUCCUGCCUUCAACCAGGAAUACGUCCCACCUCUAGCAACCUGAUUUGCAUUUCUCUCAGCAGAAUCAACCAGCUCUUCCUUGAUGAUUCCAGCAAGCCCAGUCCCUUGGCUGUAGUUUCUCCAGACAGUAGGUAGGGAGAGUGGAAAUCUCAUUCAUCCAUUUUCUGCUAAACCUUUUCGUUUAUCUUUACUCCCAACUCCUAAAACUCAACUGACUACACACACUGUCUUACUCACAAAAAGUACUCCACCUUCACUGGACCUGUUUCUGUUAUGGGACCCGCAUCAUUCUCUUUUGGCCAGACCUGAAACCUUAGAGCUGAUGUUCUGCACCGGUGCCCAGGGCAAAGACUCAGACUCAUGGAUGACCUAAUAGAGGGCUGUAAAACUCCUUGAAAUUGUAUACACUCACAAAACUAAAGACCACAUAUUGGGACCGAGAGGAAAUAUUUGCAAACACAUAUGUCAGACAGAGGACUUCUAUCCAGAAUAUAUAAAGAAUCCUUGCAACUCAACUCAAUUUAAAAUUGGGCAAAAGAUUUAACAGGCACUUUACAAAAGAUUUAUGAGUGAUCAAUAGCACAUGAAAAGAUGUUCAACUUUAGUCAUCAGAGGAAUGCAAAUUAAAACCACAAGGAGAUACCACUAUGUAUUCACUAGAACAGCUAAAAUUUCAGGCUGGUAGUACCAAGUGUUGACAAGGAUAUAGAGAAACUGGAUUUCUUAUACAAGGCCGAUGGAAUUGUAAAAUGAUACAAGAGAUAUGGGAACGUGUGUAUGUGUAUAGCUGAUUCACUUUGUUAUAGAGCAGAAACUAACACACCAUUGUAAAGCAAUUAUAUUCCAAUAAAGAUGUUA